GACUUGUGUUUUAAAUGUUAUAUUUAAUAACCUGUAUCAAGUUUAAACAAGUUCUUUUUAACUUCCUGAUUGAAAGGCGUCUAAGGAAAAUUAAGAAAUGUUAUUUACAAAGCACUGAUGAGAUUUUUGUCAACAAAAAAGUGGCUUUUUAAAUCAAGAUGGCAUUUUCCCAAUCUAUAAGACGAGCACAAAUACCCAAACCAUGCGAACUGUGUGAAACUGACACAAACAUUAAAUGGAAAUGUGUACAAUGCAAUACACUAAUGUGCGACAAGUGUAAGAAAAUUCAUUUAAAAGUUCUGACACAUGACAUUGUUGAUGUCAAAAGUUCCGAAGCGAAACAAGAAAUGGAACAUACCAUUAUUACUGACAAUAUUCCCUGUCAGAUUCACAAGAGGAAGUUGAAUUGCAUGUUUUGCAGAACAUGUGACAACUUAGUAUGUCCAGAAUGUAUAACUGAUUCACACAAAAAACAUGACCUAGUUUCAAUUGAUAAAGCGUGCAAUGAAAAAAAGAGAGAACUAAAAGAACUAGAAUCUAAAUUUUCUGACACACUUACACUUUGUAAAAUUGAAGACAGUAAAGUAAAUGAUUUUAAAACCAAAUAUGAACAAUUUUUCGCUGAAUCUGUUCAGAAAAUUAAUCAACAAGAAAAGUUGAUCAUAGAUGAAGUCAGAAAAUAUGCUAAAGCACUUAGAGAACAACUGGAAACUGAAAAGCAAAGAAUAGAAAAAUCUAUCACAGAAAAAGAGAAGAAUAUUGCAGAAGUGAAAGAAAAUUUACUUAAUAAGCAAAGCAAUAUACAAGAAGUAUUAGAUUCAAAUCAAGCAGCUAAAGUGUUCAGUAUUUAUCCAGAAUUCAGCGAAAAAGAAAUUCCAUAUUCAUCUUUCAAGGCAUUUCCUGAGGAAACAAAAGAUUUCGUUCCCACAGAGGAAAAUUUGAAGACCAUUUCUAACUUAUUUGGAUCACUUCAAAAAACCAAGUUACCAAAGGGAUUACCACAAGUGAACUUAGAUUUAAUCAAGAGUUAUACUACGGAUCAGAACAUGGUGCAUAGAAUGGUAAUACUGGAUGACAAGACAGCUUGGACUUCUAAUUAUAUGACACCUACUCUGUGUAAAAUUAACAUUGAUGAUACAAUCAAAACUGUUAAAGAGAUUUCAGUUCAGGUUUAUGACAUGUCACUGACAGACAAUAAUGAUGUUCUCCUGUCUUUGUUUGCCAGUUCUGAUGUCAGUCUGUUAACAACAAAGACAGGAGAAAUCAAACCUUUCCUGUCUGUGUCACCACUGUUAACACGCUGUAUACAUGUCAGUAAACAUAAUGAGAUUAUAUUGGGUGUUGAGGAGAGGGGUGAUACAUACAACCCAACAAACAAAAGUUGUAGGAAAGUUAUAAUCUUUGGGAUGGAUGGAAAACAAAAACAAUCAUAUGAGUAUGAUAAACAUAAACAGAGAUUAUUUACUAUCCCUUAUAGAAUUACAUCUAAUGUUAACAAUGACAUACUGGUUAUAGAUAGUAUAUCCAAUGGUGAUCGGAGGGUGGUGGUUAUAGACAGGGAGGGACAGGUUAAGUGGACCUAUCAGGGACAUCCUCAGGUUAAUUCAGGGGGUAAACUAUUUUAUCCUACAGAUAUAGUAACAACAUCAGUAGGUCAUGUUAUAGUGAAUGAUUUUAACAACCAUGCCUUACAUGUCUUGUCAGGGGAGGGAGAUGUACUGAUAUGUAAAGUUAUGAAGGAUCAGGGGAUUAUAUAUCCAUACUCACUGGAUAUUGAUACCAAGGGACAGUUAUGGGUGGGAUGUCAUUCUGGGGGUGAACAAAGAACAGAUGCCAAACUACAUGUAAUGAAGAUGUCUUUUUAAUUCAAUAUGAAUUUAAAAAAUCAUCAAUAAAUAUUUUAAUUACUUACUUAAUUAGCACUUAUAAAUUACCUAAAUAUUAAGAACUUAAAAUUAUUUACUGAAAGAUAAGGAAAUGAAUGAAUGAAAGGAGAAGUGAGGAAGUAACUAAGUUGUUCAAUUAUCCUUUAUUGGGAUGGAGAUCUUGUGACAUGUUAAGUUAAGAAUGAUCAGGCGAUGAAAAAUUAACAUUGAAGACAGUUAAUUGACAGUUAUGGGUAUAAUGGGAUUUUGUUAGUUAUGAUAAAAUGAUGCAAGACUUUAUGUCAUUCAUCAGGUUCAUCUAGUGUCUUUUUAAUCAGCAUUAAAUAAAUUAAAAACUUUAAGAAUUAUUUUCAAUUCCUGACUUUUGUUACUUUUUAUAUAAAUGUAUGUAGGUAAAUAAAGGAAUUUAUGAAUAUUCAUGUUCAUAUGAAUGAAUUAGAUGUGGAAAAAUCAUUAAUUAGACAGCAACCAACAAUAAAAGCAUACCAAAAAGGGUAUAACAUGUCAUAAUAUUUAUAAUCCUGUGAAUACCCUUCACUUUGGGGUUUUAUCAACAUAUUCAAGUCUAAUAAAACACAACUCUUACUUGGAUAACUAUUUACUUCGAUAUGUCAAUGUGACAAUUCUUUCAUGAAUUCAACAAAGCUUACAUCAGCGCCCUAUGUCUUUUCUUAAGGCAAACAAGUCAAAAUUUUACAAUGUCAACUGAUACUACUCGACCUACAAAUUUAUUGAAUUAACAUUUUAAAUACUAUUCAAGAUGCUCAAGUUACCAUCUAGAAACACCUUUUCAAAAUUGUUCUCUUUUUUUAGUAAGAGUGACCUUGACCUUUGAUCUAUUGAUCCCAAAAUUGAUAAGCUUCUAUCCUUUUGUAUAUGCAAGAUGACUAGAAUGGUAAAAUAUAAGGACUUACAUUUGUUGAUUUAGAUAAAAGUAUAGAAGCAUUUUUAUACAUAAAUAAAUAUUAACAUGAUUAAGGGAUAUUGUGGUUAAAUUCAUGAUUUAAAAUCCAAACAUCAUUUUAUAAAACACAAUGCAAAAGCUGCUGUUCUACUUAUUGAUAAAUAUGAGUUUAUGUUACUGAAUACAUAUAUGCAUGAAGGAUAGUCAGUGAAUAUUUCAUAUAAAUAUAUUCAAUUUAUUGUAUAUAUAGACAUAUUUGUCUCUCAUUGAAAACCAUUUGUUGACAAUGGUACAUGGACGGAAAGUCACAAAACUGAUAGGACAAAAAAUCACAGUUAACAAAUCUACUUUCGUUUGAAUAUGAAAGUAAUUAACUAUUAUUUAAAUAUGAAAAGAAAAUUAUUAAAAUUGUAUCUUUUUUCAGAAUUUUUUUUUUUACACUGGAAAAUUGUUCAUAAUCAUUAUUAAAUGAAUUAUUAUAAAUUUCUAAUCAAACAAAGCCUGAAAGGACACAUGUAUAUGUAACUUGAUGCAGGCACUUUCAUGAAUUAAACAAGACACUUGUACAACUUGUUUUCUUAUCAUUAAUUUCAUCAUUAUCAAACAUUUAACAUUAUUUGUUUACAAAGUUGUAUCAUGUAUAAUUAUUCAGGAUAAAAACAAAAACUAUUUUUGAAAAUAGGUCUUUUAGUUAUCAUUGUUUAUAAAAAAAAAAAAAUCUGAAGACUGAAUUGUGACGUUUUGUCCUGUGACUUUUAUAAGAACUGCUUUUUAUCUGUGAUCUUUGUCCUGUACCUUUCUGUCCUAUAUUGUUGACAACUAGAUGUCUUUUGGAUUUAAGGAUGUUCUUAGGUGAAAUUAAAAAAAUCUAGAAGUUAAAAUUGAUACUAUAGUUUGGAAGAGCAUAACUUAAGGAACAAAAAAAGCUAAAAAUAUUGAUAGGUUCUGGAGCUCCUUUUUGAGAUAUUUGAGUUUUAAAAAAUGGCGGGAAAAGGCUGACUCGGACUUUUACCUUGUAUUUGCAUUGGUAUUAUUUGGGUCUCAAAUCGAAAGAAAAGAAAUCUAGAAUCUGCUUAAAUUUUGGUAAAUGACCUUUUAUAAGCUAUUGAAGUCUUAUGUGAAAAGAAAAAUGGGUGUUAUGGGGCAAAAUAUUUUACCCUGUAUCGUAGGAAAAAAACCAAGGAAUCCGAACAUCUGACAAAAAUUCCUAAACCUGACCUAAGAACAUCCUUAAGUAUUAUUUGGGUUACUGUCUCUUUGAUGUAAGGACCACAGAUACUUUUAUUCAAAGUAUUAUUAUCCAUCGUAUAUACAUUUUUGUGUAUUCAGUCUUUAAUGAUUUCAGUUCAAAUGCAACAUAUAAACCAUUAUAAUACCUACCAUGACUGGUGGAUUUGAGGUGAACUUCUCAUAAACUGUAACCUUAGCAAUACAUUUUGGAAAAUACAAAGUUUUAGGCUGUAUACACAAGUAUUCAUAUGCUGAUAAUGUUUUGAUAGUAUCCACUUCUACAGUACAGUUUAACAGCAUGUCCGCAAACCAUUCAAUCUGUAGGACAUUGUGGACCAGAAUGUAGGUCAUACAAUUUUCUUUCGUCCUUAAUGUCACAACUACAAUGAAAAAUUCAAUUUAGUGAAAUAAGAUGUCUAUAAAUACAUAUUGUAUAUAAUUAUUGUAACUAAAACAUUUCAUGUAUUUUGUAUAUUUCUUCAAUAAAAUUCCAGUGGUUUAAUAACAA